AUUAAGAAUUAUUCCUGCCAUUGCCACCCCUCCACCGGGUGAUCGACAAGAGACAAAGAAAACCGCAUCCAUGAACACAAGGAUUCAGAUACUGACCAGAUGUCCGACUAGCAGCAUAAUAAUUCUUACACUGCUGCCUAGGAGUUCCCCUGAGAGAAAUCCCUCAUCUUCUCACUUCCAGUUCACCCUCUCCCCGCGACUUAAGACCCCAUUUGGGGUUCUACCAGGUUGGCACUUCUCUUUCAUCUUCAUUCAACUUUGUCCUUACCAUAUUAUUGCAACCGAACCAACCCAUCAAUCGAAAUCAUUGACCCGUCAUAAUGCAUAAUCUCCGUGAUUCACUGCUCAGCCCUUCGCCUCGAGGCACCCCUCACCUCACCACAUCAGAAGCUUUUCAGAGAUACCAGGAGGACACGCGUCAGUGUAUCGCUCGGGGAGAAUUCAAGGAGAUUCGGGACGCGGCCUUCAGUAACCGAACCUGGAUCAUCACCUCCCGAUACUGCGAGGUUGGAGAUGGCGUGGAUUCCCUCGAAGAGUACAUUCAUUCUAUGUGGUAUAUGUACUACCAGCUCGGUCGCAAUAUCUCACACGAAACACCCGACCACGAGGGUCUUGUCCUCGACAUCGUCCGUAUCCAAGGAAUGGGGCCGCUGACUCGUCCUGUGCGAGGAAUUUAUGGUGUUGAUAUUGCACGAACCGUCGAAGGCACACUGUGGAACGAUCUGCCCUUCUUGGCCACCGACAUGACCGACUUCUGGAACAGCGACUUCCCGACCAUGUCAGGUACACACCGACUCAACUUUGCAACUUUCCUGGCCAAACUGGCAUCGACUCGCGUCUGCAAGGAUAAGCUGUGCCAGAUUGCCCUCAUUCUAUUCCGCAAUCUGUUUGAGGAGAGACAGGGACUUCGCAGUGGGGAGGAGUUGGAUGAUGAAGAUCCAAAGCGAAGCAUGCAUCAGCUUGAAAUUUGUCACUUGUUGCCAGCUGCCGUGGCUUGGCUCUACCAUACAGGCCCCAAUCUUGUUCUACUCUCAGAGGUCUAUUGGAACGAUUGUCCCAGUAUCGUCAGCAAGGGUGGCACGAUGUUCAUCGAGUCGGAGCUUGGGCAGCGAUCACCCACUGGAUUCUCACCAUGGAGAUACAUGUACUGGCUUAAGCGACUCCAUGAGAUCCAGGAGGAAGCCAAGGAGGCCAAAGAGGAUCUCUUAGUAGAGUACGCCACCGAUGCCAUUGGCUACAUGCUCAACCAACUCGAGCAACGAAACUCUGAAAUUCUAAGAGCAUACCAGAACGGCGGAGAUGCCUUGCAUCAGGAAAAACACCUCCUUUGCCUGAAGAGUCUUUUGAAGAGUGAAGCUACAGAGAAUGAAGACGAAGACUCCAUGGAUGACUCGAAGGAUAGCGCAAAAUAAGUAAGAAACGAAGGGAGGCCCCAAAGGAGAUGCCAAGGAAGAUAUGAAAUUAACAUGUUCUGGAGUUCUGGUAAUUGUCGAACUCCGAAUUGUUAAAACUGUCAGAGAGAUUCAAUCCCUCGGGUCCAAUUCGAGAAGGACAUGGUAGCUACCAGAGCGUCACGCUACUAGCGUAACUCAGCAAUAGAAACAUGGCUAGGGUAUACUCUGAUUGACAGAAGAUACUCAAAAAAUACCAGGUAUUCAAUGAGCGAUUUUUUGAUA